AUGCUUGAGAUCAAGUGCCAAGGAGCCAACUUGGCGCGGGUGUUCAGCAUCUGGGGGUCACAGUCCCCUUGGGUGGAGGUCGAGCUAGAUGGACGCCCGUUGGCACGCACCCGGCCGCACCAAGGUGGCGACAAGUAUCCUCGCUGGGAUGGCCCGCCGUUUGUCGUGGAUCCCAGCUCUGGACAGACGCUGGUUUUCCGAGUCGUCAUUUCCAGUUCGACGGUCAUCGGUGCUCACACGGUCCUCUGCGGCCAAGGUGAGGUGCGCGUGAGCGAGCUGGUCCAGCGGCCGAGUCCUUUGCAGCUGUCGCUCUGCAAAGCAGGCGAAGAGACGGGGGUUCUGAGCAUCCAGUGGUGUCGCUCUUCUGGGCGCUUUCCCGAGGCAGGCAUCCAGGGCGGGCUCCCGAUGGACCUCCGCGCAGACACGCGAGCUCUGGACCCGCGGCGGCCAGCCGCGUACCCGCAGCCGGAAUCUCCCCAGCACCAGACGGGCACACCCCAGCACCAGGCGGGCACACCCAAGAACCAGGCGGGCACACCCCAGCGUGGGUUCCCGGCCCCAGGAGCCUUUCCUCCGCAGGAGCAAAGGCCGUUCCCCCCGAGCCCCCAAGCUCAGCAGAUCCAGGCUCCCCAGCCGCAGCCGUCAAACACUGACAGUCGCCGGUUGGGCCUCAGCGACCAAGGCCGCGACAAGGCGGCGCGCCUUAUGAGCAGCAAAGACUCUCUGCGGCAGGUCGCCACGAAGCCGUUCCUGAGCCCACACCUCCAGGGCCGGAGCAGGCUCACCUUCCCGGAGUUCCGGGAGGCCUUCUUGCGCCUCCAGGAGGAGUUGGAGGUGGUGGACAAGCCCAACGAUGAAGCCAUGAGGAGGCUGUUUCAGAAGCACAGUGGACAGCCAGAUCCAAAGACAGGUGCCUUGGGCCUUGGAAGAGAGGAGUACGAGGCGCUCCUCUUCCGCAUGCUGACGUUCAUGCUCGCCAGCGGCGAGGUCGACGCUGUUCCCACACAAGCAGCGGUGGGAGAGGAGCGCGACAAGCGGUGGCGAGAGGAGUUCCUCAAGAAGAACUCCCAGAGGCGCAGUUCAGUUUGCACUUCGUCUGUUUAUGUCUCAGGAGCGCUGUGCGUGGGCGGCUUCGCGAUGGUCUCGUGGUGCUCGGCCCGGAGGGUGGAGACCGGCCUGGAGAGGCUCGCUGGCGACUUGGGCUCCAGCAAGCCGGAGGGCCCGACUACCGCCGAGCAGCUCUUUGCCAUGUACGUGGCGGAGCUGGGAGAGCAGCUUGAUCUCUACAGCAGCAAAGACUUUGUACUUGUUUUCUCUUCUUCUUUCAUUGAGGGCAUUGCAAAGUACGAUCAAGAAAUCUAUCCUUUCUUCCGUCCCAAGCUUGUGGACGAGUUAGGCAGGGGGUGGUGCAGAUUGGAGCGAAUGGCAAAGGAGCUCAGCACAAGGACAGACAACAGUGCCUCCAUCGAGAUCCAGAGCGCCUCCUACCAGGCGCAAGCGCCUUCCUUUGCAUUCUUUCGCGCGCCGGUGGGCACAGGUACGGUGGAUGCCGGGGUUCCAGGCCUCCCACUUUCCCUCCCCAAGCUCAUGCUGAACCUGCAGCGCGUUCACUUCAAGGAGCUCGGCCUCAACCCCAUCGAGGGGUUGGUGUCCGGCUUCGCUUCCGAGUCGCAAGAUCCGGCGGCCUUUGCUGCAGAGAGCUUCAUGUUCCAGAAUGGGCUUCAAGCCGUGGAUCAGCGGACUGCGGAAGGCUGGACGCCGAUCUGCUUCGCGGUGCUGGACGGCAGCCCCAUGCUGAUUACGGCGUUGGCCGAACAGCGGGCCGAUGUCAAUGACCGCAUGAAGCAGACCGACCCACCGAGCCAGUUUGGAGUCGACACGCCCUUGCUCCACAUGUGCGCCUUCCUGGCGAACAACGAGGCUCUCCGAGUGCUCCUCAAUUGCCGCGCGGAUGUGCAUGCCAAAGACGGCUUCUCGGCGACGGCCCUUCAGUGGGCGGCCUUCUCCAACAACGUGGAGGGCGUGAAGGUGCUCUGCGCCGCGGGCUGCGAUCCCACCGCGGUGAACGUGAUUGGGCACUCCCCCUUCACAGUGGCAGGCGCCGCGGGCAACGUCGACGUCAUGAAGAGCCUGCUUCCCCACACGACGAAGCAGGAGCUUGACAACGUGCUGCAUGCCGCGAUGCUCCAAGGAGGGAGCUCCGCCGAGGCGCUGUCGAUGCUCAUCGACUUGGGGGCGGAUGUGGACCUGCAGCAAAACAUGCCGCUCUUGAGCCCGCUGGGUGUCUGGUUUGGCUGCCUCAGCUUGCGGCAUCGGUGGAAGCAGUCCGUGCUCAGUACAUAUGCCUACCACCACUACGAGGCCACACCGUUGAUGUGCAGUGUGAUCACUGGCAGCUUUGAGGCCACCGCCGUGCUUCUGGGCGCCGGGGCAAGAACGGACCUGCGCAACGCGCGCGGGUGUACCGUCGUUGACCUCGCACGGGAGACCUCGGCCCCCGACUACAUCAUGCGUGCGCUGGAGGGCCCCGGGGAGGCUCGGGAGAAGCUGGUGAAGGAUGUCAAGAGGCUGGCAGGGCCGGCGAACAUGAAUGAGGUGAAGGAGGUGCAUGUUUCACUUGGCGACGGGGAGAUCAUCGAAGAGCGGCUGUGA